AUGCCUCCGAAACGGUUGAGCCACGAUGACUACAAGGUGGGGUGGAUCUGUGCAUUGGAGGUGGAACAGGUUGCCGCGAUGGAGAUGUUGGAUGAGGAACAUGAUUCUCUGCCGCAAGCGAGCAGCGACACGAAUUUUUAUAACCUCGGCAGCAUUAACAACCAUAAUGUCGUUAUUGCUGGUCUGCCCAGGGCGGGGAACUGCCCUGCAGCCACUGUUGUUACCCAGAUGAAGAUGACAUUCCCAAACCUGAGAUACGGUGUGUUAGUUGGGAUUGGGGGUGGCGUGCCCGUAAAGACAGACCAUGGGAUGAUCCGCCUAGGGCAUGUGGUGGUUAGCGAACCGACAGGCAUACAUUCUGGGGCAGUACAAUAUGAUUAUGGAAAAGCGAGGUCAGGCCAGUUUGAACGUAAAGGAUCCCUCGCACCUCCACCAACGGUCCUCCUGAACGCUGCACGAGAGGUGGCUGUACGGCGUCAGCGGAUGGAUCAUGAUCCUAUUUGGAGUAAUACGCAGAGAAUCAAAACGAGCCGUCCAGCUCUUCGUCGCUUCAAGUAUCCUGGCGCUGCGAACGAUUACCUCUACCAACGGGACUAUGUGCACGGGCAAGAAGGGGUAUCAUGUCAGGAUGGCUCGUGUGACCCGAAACAGCGCAUCGAACGACCGAUGGACGACGAUAAAGAGGCAUUUGUCGUCGUGCAUAGAGGCACAAUAGCGUCUGGGGAGUUGGUGAUCAAGGAUGCCAAGAAGAGAGACGACCUGGCAAAGGAACACGGGGUGCUGUGCUUUGAGAUGGAAGCAGCAGGAGCGCUUACUGAUUUCCCAUGCAUGGUUGUCCGAGGCAUCUCGGACUACUGCGACUCUCACAAGAACGACAUAUGGCACGGGUACGCGGCGGCUGUCGCAGCAGCUUAUGCAAGACAGUUGUUUUUCCAUAUCUCUAUCGAAGAGGCACAGAGGAAUCCUAAUCCAAAGCCAACCACUUUCGAACUCCCCUUCAGUCUAUCCGAUAUCUCCGAAGUCACCCAGUUCAUUACAAGACAAGCUGAAAUUGGGCGAGUGCAAGAAGUUCAUGAAGAGAUAGCUGGACCGCAAACCGCUGCCAUCGCAGAUCACGGUCUACAAAAAGAGCGCCAUUGGAUGGUGCCGUUCGGGCGCAAUAACAAUUUCGUGGGACGCGAUGCUAUUUUGGAGCGUCUUCUGACAUCCGUCUCGCCCGACGCUGUACCUGAUGACUGCCAAAGGGUCGUCCUCGAGGGCCUUGGUGGCGUCGGUAAAACCCAGAUUGCCCUCGAGAUUGCGUUUCGCAUUCGCGACCAGCAUGACGACUGCUCUGUCUUUUGGGUGCCAGCUAUCGACCGGUCCAACUUUGAGAAUGCAUACCGUGUGAUUGGGUCUCUCCUCGGACUUGAUGGCAUGAAUUCCGAUGACACGGAUGUAAAGACUCUGGUUCAGACAGCGCUCAGUCAGCGAAGCGCUGGGAAGUGGCUUCUAAUCAUUGAUAACGCUGACGAUCCGCUUCUCCUCUGUGGCAACUCAGAAUCGCCGGUAUCCAGCGAUGCCCAAGAUAGACCUUUACUUUGCUACCUUCCAUUCAGCCCCAGCGGCUCCAUCUUCUUUACGACAAGGAAUCAUGAAGUUUCUGUGGACCUAGAUACUCCAGAGCAUAACAUUCUCAAGGUCGAGGAAAUGCAGCGAGAAGAAUCCCUCAAACUUUUGAUGACCACAUUGAAAGAGAGCCAGGUUAAAGACAUGGAGAGCACAAAUAAGUUGCUAGACUUGCUUGAAAAUCUACCGUUGGCGAUUCGCCAAGCCUCUGCGCUCAUAGCCAAGAAGCAGCUGACGACGGCAGAGUAUCUCGAUGUGUGCCUAGCUAGCGAAGACGAUCUCAUAAAUCUGCUGAGCAGAGACUUUGAGGACCGACAGCGCUACAAGUCAACAAAAAAUCCCGUGGCAACCACAUGGCUGAUUUCCUUCCGGCACAUAGAGACGCAUAAUCAGCUAGCCGCUGACUUUUUCAAGUUCAUGUGCUUCCUGACCGGCAAGGAUAUCCCUCUCUCCCUCCUACCACCAGCAAGGAAGAUCGAGGUGGCAGAAGCCAUCGGCACACUCAAAGCCUAUGCCUUUAUCACUCAACGUGGAGAUGAAGAAUCUUUCGAUCUGCAUCGUCUAGUGCGGUUAGCGAUGAUGAGCUGGCUGCGAGGCACGGGGGAGCUUGAAGCUCAGUUUCAGCAGUGGACAACCAAGGUCAUGGAGCGGCUGGCGACAGAGUUCCCCGACCCCGAGCACAGCAACCGCAGUAUCUGGAUUCGCUACCUCCCGCAUGUGCACCACUUUCUACACUUCCGAGAACAGCGCGGGUACCAUCCGGCGGAAGCGUUGCUGCAGUCAAGAAUCGGGAGCUGCUUGUAUACGAUGGGAAGAUUUCCGGAAGCUGAACGUGCGUUUAGACAAGCUCAGCGGCUAUUGGAGGAGCAAGUUGGAUUGGAGCACCAAGACUCGCUCAGCUGUAUGCACGAAGUCGGCCUGAUGCUCCUAGAGCAGGAAAAGCUUGAAGAAGCUGAACAGGUUCUCCAGCAAACGAUAUCACUCAAGGAGAAAGCCCUUGGUAGAAACCACCCCCAGACUCUUUGCGCUAGGAGGGAUCAUUUCCGCACACUUACGCAUCUCAAGCGAUUUGAGGAGGCCGAAGGCAAGGGGCAGCCGGUGCUUGAGUCCUUCAAGAGGGAACUUGGGGAUAGACACCCGGACACACUCAAGUGCGCGAGCAUCUUUGCAUUCACCCUCUCGCAACAACACCGGUACCACGAGGCUGAACUGAUUGAGAAGCCUACGCUCGCAUUGCGCAAGACGGUGCUUGGGGCAGAUCACCCGAUGACGCUAGUCAGCGCCAACAACCUCGCCUUCGCGCUCUCACGCCAGGGCAAAUACGAGGAGGCGGAAGAGAUUGAGCGUGAGACGCUCAAGUUACGGGAAACAGCACUGGGCAAGGAACACCCUAACACACUUGCCAGCAUGAAUAAUCUAGCCAUCACGCUAGCUGAGCGUAGCAAGCACGAUGAAGCACUCAUCCUUAUGGAGGCUUGUUUUGCCCUCAGCACGCGUGUUUUAGGGGUCGACAACCCGGAGACGAAAUGGCGCGGCGAGUUUGUACGGGCUGGUGGCCAUCGGACGACAACGCUGCAUAUGACAGUCGCGGGGACUGCAGGCCCUGAGGGAGGCUGA